GGUUGAGCGGAGCCGCGGUCCCAUGAGCCGGCGCUGCCCGUUGGGCGCCGCCGCGCUGCUGCGGGGGCUGGCGGGCCCGGCCGCGCUCUGCCUGGGCAGCGCCAUGAGCCUCUGCGGGGCGCCGGCCGCCUGCGCCGCGGGACCUGCCGGCGGUGGCGGUGGUGGCGGUGGUGGUGGUGCGGGGCUCCCCGCGGCGCGGCUCAGCCCGCCCUGGCUGCGGCUGCCCGAGGUGCCGGGCGCGGAGCCGCACCGCGCCAACGAACUGCUGCUGCUGCCGCCGCCCGCCCCGCACGGCCCGGCCCCGUCGCCGCAGCACCACGUCGUGUACUUCCCGGGGGACGUGCAGAACUAUCAUGAUGUCAUGUCUUGCCACCCAGAAAACUUUCAGUGGGAACACUGGAGUUUUGAAAAUGUUGCUACCAUACUUGCUCACCGGUUCCCCAAUAGCUUUAUUUGGGUCAUAAAGUGUUCUCGAAUGCACCUGCACAAAUUCAGUUGUUAUGACAACUUUGUGACAAGUAACAUGUUUGGAGCACCAGAGCACAGCACUGACUUUGGAGCUUUCAAGCAYCUCCAUGCUUUGCUGGUUAAUGCAUUCAGACUCUCUCAGAAUAUUCUGCUGUCCCAGAAAAGUGUGCAUGGUGUCAGCAAGGAUGCAAAGAUAKCUGCUUGUAAAUCACAGCUGCAGUCUGUUCCUACAGCAAAUGGCUGUUCAUCCAGAGAAAGGGAGAGAGAUUGUGAAUGCUCUAAUAAUUCUGCUGUGAACUUCAUGGUACCAUCUGCRGUAGGUGCAUCAUCAUUUACUUUGAUUGGCUUCAGUAAAGGCUGUGUGGUUUUGAACCAGCUGCUUUAUGAGYUGAAGGAAGCUAAAAAAGACAAGAAUAUAGAUGCCUUCUUAAAAAACAUAAAAGCARUUUACUGGCUGGAUGGUGGUCACUCGGGAGGAAGCAAUACUUGGGUUACCUGCCCUGAAAUACUGAAAGAACUUGCAGAGACAGGAAUUGAAGUUCACGCUCACGUUACACCGUACCAAGUGUUUGACUCAAUGAGGUCAUGGAUUGGGAGAGAGCAUAAGAAAUUUGUACAGAUACUUGACGAAUUUGGUGUGGAAAUAAAUGAUCAACUGCAUUUUGCUGAUGAAGUUCCCUCCUUAGACAACCAUUUCAGAGUUCAUGAAGUAUUUUGAGACUGUAUGUAUAUGAACAGUAUAUUCUUUGGAGAAGCACUUUUAACACUGUUAAUGUUGUCAUCUAGAUUUUCAGCUUUGAGCAGAUGCUUUCUAAACAGAAUGCUAAAUCAGUUCUGUGUUGCUAAUAGAUACUAUAUAUAAAUUUCUGUAGCUUGAAAAAGGCAUAUUGGGACCCCAUAACUAUAACAGAUGUUGUUUGAUUUCUGGAUAAGAAGUGUUAUGAAGAACAAUCCUAUACAUGUUUGUUUUUUUUUUAAAUGUGAACUUUUAUUCUUAAACCAUUGGCAGAAUUUUUAGUCCUGGAUGUCUAAUACCAUAUACAGUAUUUAAUGGGACUUUACUUGAGAAUUUCAGAUGUGUGGAUACUUCAGUUUAGUAGCUUCCAGGGCUAAAAGCAUUGGUCUUUUGUCAAUAACAGAUGUAAGGUUAGCUUUUUGGCUUACAUAAAUUGAUUGUAAGAAGAAUCUUAGUUAUAUAUUUUGCUGAGACCUGUUUUAUUAGGUAAUUAAAUCUUCCAGUUUUGUAACAUUUCUCCUAACUGAAACAAAGUCACAAAUACUCACCUUUGGGAUAAUAGUGCCAAUGUAUUUCUCUUCCUGAUGUGCGCCUUGCCAUUUCUGUCACUAUAAAGUUKCAUUAAUGAAUUGUGUAGUAUCUGCUAGUGAAUAGCCAUUUCACCUUGGGGGCUUGAAAAAUUUGAUGUAGUUAUGUUAAGUAACAAGAAUGUUGAUURUGGUGUGGCUUAUUCCUGUUUCAACAUACAUUGCUGUUGCUUUGACUAACUUCUUUAAGGACCAGGAGUAGUACCUCUGGUCAAGAGGUGAUGUCCCUACCUUGGGGCGUUAAGGUUUUUCAUGGUAAUUGCUGCAUUGAUGUUGCCCUAAAUUGAGCUUUAGGCACCUAAUGUAUUGCAAGUUGCAUUAAAAAAAAUUUGGACUCUGUUGACUGUAGCUCUUCCAAAAUGCCUGUUUUAAAAUCUAUUAUCGCCUUUAAAUGUAUUGCAGUAGUUGCUUCUAGUGCCAUCCAAAAAUCUUAUUUUUGGAGCCUUAUUUUUCCUACAGAAAAAAAACAACCUAUAAUUAAAUGGUAAGCCAGCCAGAUCCAAUACAAAAGAUGUAAUCUGGCUCAGACCCCAAACCUGAGUGUUCUUAAGUAAGAAAUACUGAAAGAUGGACAAUGAUGAUAUUAACUGAACUCUUCUACUGUUGUAAGUAACUUUCCAUUUAUGUACAAAGCUUGGAAUCAUUCUUAAAGACAACUGCAGCUGUUAACAAUGAACCAAUAGCUCCAAAUGGYUUUGGAUUUCCUAUGUUUGAUGGCUUAACAACAUCUCUGCCCUGCUCCUUGUUUCCUGUGACUCUUACAUUGUAGAAGGGAAUUUCUGGGUCAUCUUUCUUCUGUUGGCAUCGUUMAAACAUACAAGGUUCCCUGUAGACAACUUUUGGCAGAGAUUGUGCACAUCAGUGAUCACUGAACAAUGGGGAAAGUGUGUGGAACGCCUAAGAAAAUUUUCUUAACACUCAUAUUAAGUAAGAGUGGUAGAAAGGAUUAUGCAUACAGUGUGCACCCUACAGUUUGAAAGAGAACUCUAUCACAAAUAAGAUUAAUGUACCUAGUUUAUCAAAAGAAAUAAUGUAUUUUAAUUGAUGGAGAAAAGUAUUACAUGCAAACUCUAAGACUUGAUAAAAGAAUCUGAAAUUUAGUUGCAUUUGUGUWUUUAUUUUAGACUGUUUCUUGCAGAUUUUGUUCAACUCUGUUGAUUACCAUCUUAGUAGGCUUAUUACAAGUUUUUAAUUAAGUGUUUCAAGGAACAUUUUCCCCUCUUUUUGGUCCUUUUGAUAACUCUUGCAGCAUAUGCGAGGACCUUUUUCUGUAAAGGAAAUAUGGGUCACCUAAAGAAGUGUUUUAAUCGAAAGCCUGUGAGUGGCUUGAAAUACAUUUAACUGUCUACUUAUAAAAUAAAAUUUWAAAAAAUUAACCAACAAAAACCCCAGAACAUUUUACUGAUYUUUCCCCCUCAGUUUCAGACUGACCAGGCUAAGUUGGGUGUGCUAACACUCGCCCUAUUCCAAUAACACUGCAGAUCAGAGACCAAUUUCUAAACAAUUCUGUGCCUGCCAGAACAACGCUACCACAUUGUUGCAAACCUUUGGAAACAGCUAUUAAAAUAUUGACAUUGUCUUCAAAAGUUUCUGGAUGGCUGUCCUAUAAAAAUAAUACUAACCUGUUUGAUGGAGGCUGCCUACAAUAACUGUUAAAUAGGCUCAAGUGUUGCUGCAUUACUUUGAAGAAUAGGCACUUCUUUGUAGAAUUAAUCCUGUUAUGAGACGUCAUGUUGUGAAGGGAAAACUGACUGGUUGUUUUUCAUUCUUUAAACAGCUGUGGUACUCUGUUGGAAUGUGCCUCUGUCAUUCAUUACAAUGAAUGCUAAAAAUAAAUUUUGCAAACGAUGUAGAAAAUAAACUAUUUCUUAUGGGUGAAGCCAUUUGGAUGUGAAUGUAAAACCAUUGAGCAAGGAAUGUGCAGUUUUGUGGAUUAAGCUUUAUCAGGUAUUUGUGGUGACCUAGUUUAAAAAAUCAGAUUUAUUUGAUAAUUAUUCUUCAAGGAGGCUUUGUAUUUGUGUAGUCAGCACUCAUAAUUCUAAAACAGCUUACUGGCAUCUCACAAACACGGGAAAGUAUUUCUAUCUUAGAAUGAAAUAGGUCAUAGGUAUAUGCCUGAUUUUCAACRUUAACUGUAAAGGCAGUUUUUAAUUAGCUUAGAUGUAAAUGCCUAAAGUUAGGUGGCUCUCCUGCGUAGAGUGAUGUAGUUCAAGACACUUUUGGUUUUUAAUGGAGUGACAAACAUUACAUAGUCCUUUCUACAACCUAGUAAUAACUGGUGUUCCUUAUAUUGUUUCUUGUACAAUAGCUUGUUUCUUGUACAAUAGACAAGACAUUCUUCAGAUUUUGAGACAUACUAAUACAUUUUAAACUGUGGCUGCUAAAUUCAUUUAAAGCAAGGCUUGAUUCUGUGAAAUUGUCCAGAUGCCUUAAAUGGUUUUAUUUUGUGUGAAWCUAAAAUGCUAGAAAGUUUGGUAAACUUCUUCCUAUCUGGGACUGAUUUAAUCAGUCUCUGCAAAUGCUGAUGCAUUAAUCAGUAUUGGCCCCUAACUGUGGAAGAUGAUUAAGGGUCCAGUCCUUAACAUGUGGCUGAAAGGAGCAAUUUUCUGUCCUUUCAUUGAUAAAAUCCUGCUGCCUCCCUGCACAAGCACUUUAUGKUAAGCUAUUCUGUCUUUCUAAAGAAAUAUCAUUGCUGAUAGAGGUAAGUAACAGGAGUGCAAGGUAUUUAAAGAGUCAUAGAAAUUACUUUAAAUAAGACUGCUAAGUCAGUUCAGGAAUUAAGACUGUUACAGCUGUGGAUGCACACAGAUAAAAAUGAUUGUGCAUGAACAUGCACUCAUCUUUUCCCCAGAGGUUCUUUUAGAGCUGUAACAAUUACUUCAUCUCUACAGAUAAACAAUAUUUGGUGUCUUCUACAGACUCAAAGUUGAAGCACUGAGGUUAAUUAUGUAUCCAUUCAUUUACCUAAAAUGCUUAUUUUAAAUUACAUGGGGUCUUAUACGUUAGUACAAGAAAGAAUUUAAAGGACAAUGAAAAUUUUGGGAUGUGUGUGCUCUGAGUUACACUUUCAGGUGCACUGCAGCCUAGCAGAAUCCACGAACACAAAUAUGUGUSUGGUGCCCUUGUGCAAUAGAAAAGCAAAGGCAGAUUUUGCAAGACUGCAAUCUGUAACAACCUCUUUAAAGCACCUUCAAAGUUACUUCACAGUACUUUUAAAUCUUAUAUUGAAAUAUCAUUUCAUUUUUGUAAGAAUGAUAGAUUAAAUUUUAAAAGUUUACUUCUAAUGAUUAUAACCUGAUGAGAAUUUAGAUACAUUUGAAUAUUGCAGAUGGAGAACCUAAGACCAAAGCUGGCUUUCUCUUGGUCUUGAUCUCUUAACUCUGUUCAGAUGCAGGGUGACSGUUUUUAAUUUGAAUAAAGUAACAUGAAGUCAUUAAGCAAGAUCRUAUAACACCUGUGUGGCAGACAGGCACUGCUUCUUCCAGUGCCAGACAUACUGUGUCUAACUAACUUUGUUCUAUUGGUAUUAAUAGCAUAAUUCACUCCUCCUGCUGACAAAAAAACCCAUUUGCACUGGAUUAGCUGUUCUGCAUCACUGUGGAAACCAUGGAAGACCGAUUCAGGCAGUCAUUUCACAUAUAGUGUGGUGUGGGUUAUAAGGUAGUGAUGGCUUUGUCGUUGUUUCCUGUCAUUAGGGCUURAUGGCAUGUUUCUAAGUGACCCAAGGAGUGUCAAAUUCUACUUAAGCAAAUGACCACAAAAGCAACUGGUAAUAAAAAAGGGAAAAAUAAAUUAUUAUCUGUUUGUAAUUCAUGUGUAUAAAAACCUACUUGGAAAGGAACAGAUGCUGUUACAUCAAGGUUCAGAAUAAUUUUUUUUCUUUUAGUAGACUCUCAAGAGAUCACUUUCAGUCAUGAUUGCUGGUUUCUUUUGUAAACACUGGCACUUCAGGGAGAGUUGGUUCUAAAGAAAGCACUGCUGAAGACACAAAAACCAGUCAGGAGACAGAUCAGUGCUGAAGGGGCAGAAGAAGGCUCUUCUCAUCUGCCAUACCAGAGCUUACCCUCUGAGCAGUAUUUCCAAGCCUGAGUGUCAGGUCAAAGCUGUUGCAUUCCUUACAGACCAUGUGCUUAGCUCUUCUUUGCCAUUCCCCAUCAUGAGAAAUACAUUACGGUUUUGCAGUGGAAGUUUAAAGCAAUUCACGUCCUGCUUGGCAGCUGAAGAAUCAACAUUUUCACAGCAAAAAUUGUCCAUUACUAUGAUCUGUGUUAUUAUUGCAAGCAACAGCUUCUGAGCAUUUCUGUGUGACCGUGGCASCGCACGUGGAACUGCAUGUUUGACAUGGUUGAGCAGUUCUUUUAAUGGCUUCAAUCUGCCACCGGAACAGACCUGAACAUUUGGAAAGRAAGUCAUCUGCCCUUGUUGCUCUUGGGAAUUGCCACUUAAGAGAGAUUGUUGCUCCCARACAUUGUCACAUACAGAGCUCAGAAUCCAUCCCCACUGUACAGUCUGACCCAAAGUAAAACAGGAAAUCUUAAAGUGCAACUUUACUGCAAACUUGGGUAACUGUCUAAGAAAAGGUAAAAUUUCAUCUGUCCUUCAAAAAACACCAGAAUCUUUGGUUAUUGAGUGAUACCAACU